AUGAUUUCCCCACGUGGGUGUCUCUUUUCCAUUUUGCAACCCGUUUUGCUUCGCUCCAACCCGGGUCGACUUGUUUCCCGCUCCGCAGUGUUAUCUUCGAACAGACCCCGGAUUCCACUCCAUCUCCGGCCACCCAACUUCAGUGCCACCGUUGCAGACCUGAAAAAAUGGCACAUUUGGGCCAAGAACCUAGUAUCUUCUGUGGGCUCCACUUUCUUGGACUUGGAUAAUGGCCCGGACUCGACCCUUUUGCAGAGAGAACUUACAUGGCUCAUUCAAGAUGCAUUUGAAAACCCCAAUAAGGUUUCAUUUCAGAAUUCAAAUGAUGAUGAUUCAGUAGUGUCACUAAGGGUGUGUUUGGAUGAUCUUUACAAGAUGUGGAAGCAGAGGAUUGAAGAAAGAAGGCCAUUUCAGUAUGUAGUGGGGUGUGAGCACUGGAGGGACUUGGUGUUGAGUGUGGAAGAAGGGGUAUUGAUACCAAGACCAGAGACUGAGAUGAUUGUGGACUUGGUUAAUGACGCUGUAAAUGAAAACGAGGAGUUAAGGGAUGGUUUAUGGGCUGAUUUGGGGACUGGGAGUGGGGCACUUGCCAUUGGAAUUGGCAGGAUUUUGGGUGAUCCUGGGAAAGUUAUUGCAACUGACUUGAGCCCUGUUGCUGUUUCUGUUGCAUCCUAUAAUGUGCAAAGGUAUAAUUUGCAGGAUAAGAUUGCGGUAAAGCAAGGAUCUUGGUUUGAACCGUUAAAGAACGUUGAAGGAGGACUUGCAGGACUUGUUAGCAAUCCACCUUAUAUUCCUAGUGAUCAUAUUGGUGGCCUACAAGCUGAAGUUGCUAAACAUGAACCAAGACUUGCACUGGAUGGUGGUGCAAAUGGCAUGAAUGAUCUUCUCCAUCUGUGCCAUGGAGCUGUAUUCAUGUUAAAACCUGGUGGAUUUGUUGCAUUGGAGACAAAUGGUGAAAUACAGAGCAAAUUUCUUGUCGAUCACAUGGAUACUGAAACAAAAGGCAGCUUCCAUGAUGUGAAGAUUAUAUCCGAUUUUGCUGGCAUCCAGAGAUUUGUGACAGGAUAUAAAGCAAGAUGA